ACAGUGACCGUUUGUUUCUGAAUUAUCACGUUUAUCGCUGGAAUAACACAUAUGGUCAGUAAUGGACUAAGGUAUAAAUGGAAAAUGAACUGAGGCUCAACUAGUAGCAGACGACUUCGGAUACCGUUGUGUUACCGUCUAAAAAACGCCAGUUAUGAAGACUUUUGUUCUUUUUGUGACAUUUGGCUUUGCAGUGUGUACACAGAAAAUAGUACAGCCAGGACGAGAAUUGAUUAAUGAAAUAUUUUCGAAUGGACUUGCAGAUGUUGAUGGGUUAAGUAGUAAAAUCGUUGGAGGAAGUAACGCAGAAAUCGAAACUUACCCCUGGCAAGUAUCACUGCAGAUGAGAUAUGGCGGAGGUUGGUCUCAUAUCUGUGGCGGGUCUAUCAUAGACAACCGAUGGAUUGUAACAGCUGCUCAUUGUGUUGAUGGAAGUUCGACCAACAGUCUACGGAUAGCAGCUGGAAUGACAAAGUUAUCAGAUACUUCUAGAACAGUUCGAUCGCUGGCCAGAAUAAUCAUGCACCCAAGUUAUAGUUCAAGUAGUGGUGGAUACCCCAACGACAUUGCUUUAUUAGAAUUGUCACAGUCACUGACAUAUGGUGUAAAAAUAAAUAAGAUCGCUGUCCCAACAACGCAGGAUUUUACUGGAUCAAUCUGCAGUCUUUCCGGAUGGGGAAGACUAUCUGGAAGUGGGAGCAGUCCUGACAUUUUACAAGAUGUCCAGAUGACGAUCAUCCGCAAUUCCGAGUGUUCUACAAGAUGGGCAUCUGUCAGUGGUGCUAAUAUUAACGACGGACACAUUUGUAUAUUAGAAUCUGGUAAAUCAGCCUGUAGUGGUGACAGUGGUGGACCGAUGACAUGCUACUCAGGGAAUACCCCUUACCUCGCUGGGGCUACGUCUUGGGGUAUAAGCACGUGCACCGGGGAUUUCCCAAGUGUUUAUGCCAGACUGACGUCAUUCAGAUCAUGGAUCAGUAGUUAUGUUAGCAUUUGAUAACUUUUAUGUACAUAUUUCACUUAGUUUUUAGUUGGA